AAAUUAGCAAAAGAUUGCUCUCUCUCAGUAGACCCCAAUGAUGUUUUGUGAUAACAUCCUUUGUUUCGCAACGGCACCAAGUGUUACAGGCGUUGUCCCUGUGUAACAGGCGUUGUUACAGGAAUAUUAUACUUCACACGACAAAUCCAGUUGGUUAUAUUAAUUUUAUUAUAUGAUACAAAGAUCAGCAAUAGUAGCACACCAGACAGCAAUCCUACGGGCAUACAGCAAUCAACCAGACAACCAAAACGGACACACCCAAACUCUUACAAUCUCUUUUAUACUAUCCAACCACACUACCAUAUAUUACUACUCUCCAAAAUAUAGUUCCUGCCAAAUGAGCAUUUUCUUUGUUUUUACCAAGAUAUUUCCUGGAACUUAUCUCAAGGACUCUGGAAAUACAGGACUACUUUUGGCAUCAGAUAUGAAACUUCCUUGUUUCAAACACCUUGUCCUUAAAACAAGUUCCAGAUAAGUUCCAAAAAUACUGGCAGGAUCCAAUUAACCAACAUCAACAACAUAUGUAUCACUCAAAUGAAAGUAUAAAUGUAAAAACAACUCAAACUGUGUGUAAUAAAAUAUCAUAUAAAAUUCCUAACAAAAAGGUAUUUUGUCUGUCUGUAACACUCUUCCCUUGUU